GAGCGCACAGGAAACAGGGAGACUAUGAGAAAGCGCAGCCGCUCCAUUCAACCACAUGGUUUCUCAACCGCACAGACAAGCUGCGCUGCUGACAGCCAGGUUCACAUAAGGGACUCGCACUGCUGUUGCCCACAGCGGCGCGUUUUCAGCCUUGCUGGGCGAGUUUUCAGCCGCACAGGCAGUUGAAAGUUAGUUUCCGGAUUAUUAUUAUUAUUUUUCUUUUCGGUCGCUGAGAAGCGCAUUAGUAGAAAAGUUAAAGAGCCCAAGCGUUUCCAAAACGGGCUAAACUAAAAAGAGACAGAGAGUUUUGGGUGGACUUUUUUUUUUUAAAGACCUGUAUCCAGCAGUGCUCUGGCUCUAAGAACAAGUGAGGAAUAUUUUUGUGAAAGCCUGCAAGGCGUUUUUUUAACUUUGUGAAAGCAUUGAACAGUAUUUCCAGACACCUGGAAAAGAUGGUGCAGCACAUGAGCCAGACAGAGAGCGCCCACGCUCAUUCCCCCGGCGGGGACUCCACGGACACGGGAGAGAUGGACUUGGAGAUGGAUGCGUCUCCUACCCCAGAGUCCCCCUCCUCCCGGGAGCGGAGCGACUUAGCGUGGUGCAAAACUCCGACGGGGCACAUCAAGAGACCCAUGAACGCGUUCAUGGUCUGGUCCCAGAUCGAGAGGAGGAAGAUUAUGGAGCAGUCGCCGGAUAUGCACAACGCAGAGAUUUCCAAGCGGCUGGGGAAGCGCUGGAAGCUGCUGAAAGACACAGACAAGAUCCCGUUCAUUCGCGAGGCAGAGCGCCUGAGACUGAAACACAUGGCCGACUACCCAGACUACAAGUACCGACCCAGGAAGAAAGUCAAGUCGGGAAGCGGAGCGAGUAAGCAGGCGGAUCGCGGGGAGAAGAGCGGGGAGCGCAGUGCCAAGUCUGGGGUUAAAAGAAGCCCCGCAUCCAAAGGAGUGAGCAGGACGCACAAACAGGGGAGCGUCAAGAGCGCUCCGGGGCAGGACUACGCGUCUCCCGGUGACCACCAGUCGCUCUUCAAAUCCAGGUCAGUGUCUGGGGCCAGACAGAUCCCGGAGAAGCGCAAUGGAGAGGCGAGGCGCGCGCAAAUGUUCGGAGGGGCAGGCAGCUUGGAGAGCGGGCCUCCUUCCGUGGGAGUCCCGGCCAGUCCCGCCCUGAGCAGCUCGGCGGAGUCCAGCGACCCGCUCAGCUUGUAUGAGGAGCAGAGCCCGGCAGCCAGCGAAUCCUCACACACCGCGCGCCUCAGGUACACUCGCCCUUCUUCUCCAACACCAUCAGCCUCUCAUUCUUCCUCGUCGGUGUCAUCCUCAUCGUCAGAUGAAGAGUUUGAAGACGAGCGGCUCGACCUGAAUCCAAGCCCCGGGUUUGAGAGUAUGUCUCUCGGCGGCAUGGGCUUCUCCGACGCAGAGCUGGACCGGGACUUGGACUGGAGCUUCGGGGAGUGCGGGGCGGGCUCUCACUUCGACUUCUCCGACUACUGCACCCCAGAGGUCAGCGAGAUGAUCUCUGGAGACUGGCUGGAGUCCACCAUCUCCAACCUGGUGUUCACCUACUGAAAGGUGGAGAGAACCGAGACGCCCCCCC